UGGGGAUAUUUGUGUUUCCCCAACAUCAUGCACUGCAUGUUAUAAGAGUUCCUGAAGUAGAAGGUGAAGGUGAUUGUGGACUCUAGAGAGGAUGGAGACAUCAGCGGACCAGAGGGAUCAUAUCUCCUUCACCCAGAGUAACCCGCUGUUUGACAUGUCGCUCAGCAGGACUGAUCUCUACAGUUUCACACCUGAGGAUCUGAAGCCAGCGAGGUCCAGAAGACAGUGGUGUUUAUAUGUGAUUGUUAUUUACCUCAUCUUGCAGACCAUUCUUAAUGCCGUUCUCAUUCACAAAGUUUUCACGGUGGGGUCUUCACUAUCUAACACCAAGUUGGAGAAACAGAUCUCUAAUGACAUUCUCCUGGAUGGAAAACAGGGCACUGACAACAUCCAAACUCUCCUCUACAACAACAGUCAAGAAACCAAGACCUUGAGGGAUAACCUAACGGCCCUGAAGAGCCAGGUCACCAGCCUGUGUGGAAAGGAGGGUCAACUGGGCAGGCUGCGGUCUGACCUGAACCUGCUCAACACCAGCACCCUCAACCUCGAGGGAAAACUGACAAACAUCAGCGUCACCCCAGGUGGCCGUGGUGUUGCUGGCCUUCCGGGACCGAAGGGUGAUGGAGGACAAAAAGGAGAACCUGGAAGGCCAGGUGAAAGUGGUGCCAAAGGGUCACCUGGGGCCCAAGGACCCCCAGGGGAUCAAGCAGCAGCUGUACACGGACCAAAAGGAGACCCAGGGCUUCCAGGUUUAAAUGGGCUUCCUGGUUUCAAUGGAACUGAAGGUCCUGCCGGACCACCAGGUGCCAAAGGAGACAAGGGAGACCCAGGAAACGCACCAGAAUUGACUGUGCGUCUGGUGCCGGGGAAAUACCGAGGGCGAGUGGAGGUGAAGCAUAACGGGGUCUGGGGCACCGUGUGUGACGACAGCUUUGACACCGUGGAUGGCAGAGUGAUCUGUAAGAUGCUGGGCUUCCGAACCGCCGUUACCACCUUCACUGCCACCCCGGGGUCUGGUAAGAUCUGGCUGGAUGAUCUGAGAUGUUUAGGAACAGAGUCGGACAUCUUUAGCUGCACACAUAAUGGAGUUGGUGUUAGCAACUGCCAACACAAUGAUGACGCCGGAUUGCAGUGUGUCUAGACUGACACCACACCAACAAGAAAAACGUGUUUCAACUUUACUGCUAAACACAUGAGCUUAAAUGACAGUGUACUGUAAACAAAGGUCAUGCUAAUAAAACUUCACGGCAUCAUG